AAAUAGGGGGGGCCAAAGGCCAGCUGUGGCAGGUCCAGAUGUGCGCGUUAACUCGCAUAACCCCCACAUCAUCACAAUCUGUUAGGCAGGAUUUGUUUUAGUCGUGAAAAUGCGACACACAUACCUGCCACUGAAACAGCGACAGCCCAAAAGAGCCGCGGGCGCUACAAUGCUAAUGUUGUCGGGGGCUUUGACUUCUCCCAGCCACUGCAAAGAAGCUGCUCCGUGUGACAGCCACGGCGCCGCGCUUCCCCCGGUGUUCGCCAUCCGCGCUUUUCACGCCUCUUCACAUUUGGCAGGUGUGGUGGGGGGACAGAAAAAGAAAGGAAAAAGAGAGAGAGGAGGAAGAAGAAGAAGAAGAAGAAAAAAAAAACACCCCGCCGUCCUAUCUCUUAACCUUAAGUCUGAGCUGUAAUGGACGAAACGGAUAUCAUGGACUUAACGCAUCAGAAGGCGAGAAAGCGACCGCGUCCAAUCAGUUCCGUGGAUGAGUCGGUGCACGCUUCCCUCAAACGGCUCCCGAUCCGAGCGCCGGAGUGCAGGGAGCCCUCACUGAUGUUCGCUGUCAGAGGAGAGCCUGUUCCCGCAGCAUCUCUCAAGCAAAAUGACCACUCGGUGACUUCCUCUCCAACCACAGUGAUGCCGGCGCAGGAUAAUCGCUCCAGCAUGUCCAGGCCCAUGAUCACGCGGUCACCAGUGUCUCCCUUGAGUAACCAGGGCAUCCCAACACCUGCACAGCUCACCAAGUCCAAUGCUCCUGUGCACAUCGACGUAGGCGGACACAUGUACACCAGCAGUCUGGCCACCUUAACAAAAUUCCCAGAAUCCCGAAUUGGUCGUCUCUUUGAUGGCACAGAGCCUAUAGUCCUGGACAGCCUGAAGCAGCACUACUUCAUUGACAGGGAUGGACACAUGUUCCGCUACAUCCUCAACUUCCUCAGGACGUCCAAGCUCCUCAUCCCAGACGACUUCAAAGACUACAGCCUGCUGUACGAGGAGGCCCGGUACUUCCAGCUGCAGCCCAUGCUCGCCGAGCUGGAGCGCUGGCGUCAGGACCAGGAGCUGGGCCGGGUGUCGCGCCCCUGCGAGUGCCUGGUGGUGCGCGUUGCACCCGACCUGGGAGAGAGGAUCACGCUCAGCGGCGACAAGGCCCUGAUCGAGGACGUGUUCCCGGAGAUCGGCGACGUCAUGUGCAACUCCGUCAAUGCCGGCUGGAACCAUGACUCCACGCACGUCAUCCGCUUCCCACUCAAUGGGUAUUGUCACCUCAACUCUGUCCAGGUUCUAGAGCGUCUCCAACAACGUGGCUUCGAGAUCGCCGGCUCCUGCGGCGGAGGCGUGGACUCGUCCCAAUUCAGCGAGUACGUCCUGAGGAGGGAACUGAGGAGGACAAGUCAGCGAGGACCCAAUUCAAACAGGAUAAAGCAGGAGCAGCUGGACUAGAAGCCUCCCGAGCAGUAGGAGGCGCUAGACUUUUCUGUGGCAGCCAAAAUGCUUGACGCUGCAGAGCUCUGUGGACUCUGUUUUUCUUCAUUUCCUUGUUGAUGUUUUUGUUUUCUUAAACUUGAGAACCAUCUAGAGAAUAAAAAUGAAGUGCAACAGGAGAUUUUUUUGCCAUAAGAAGAUACAAGACAUUUGAUAAGUUUGAGAUUGCAAGGACAUUUGUGAUUGUCUAGCCCCCAUAAACCAAUUUUAAAAAGGAUUUAUAUAUGCUGGAUCCCCAAACAAAGUUUGUUUUAAAACUUGGAGCCUACAUUAGGUUGAAUAUGAUUUCUAAUUUACCCAUAUAAAUUUAAAAGGCUUUUCUGGCUGAUUUAGUGAGUUGCCCAGCUCGUCACCACUGACUUGGUUUUGUUGUUCCACUGGCAUAUUGGCUCAGUCUGUUUUUACCCCUCGUUCUGAAAAGGUCACUGACGUGUUGCUUACAGUACAGAAUGUCUCAGUUGUCAUACACAGUUAGUUUCAACAGCAGCAUCCUUUUUUUUCAUAAUUAACAUGAUGUUGAAUAUUGUGAUACCAAUGAAGUGUUUUGACUUUAAUUUGAGGUUCUUUUAUCGGCCCGCGCCAUAAAAUAGAGUCGACAUUAGUAUGAAUUUAACAUCAAAGACCAUUCUAUACACAGUAAUAAGAAAAAAAAAAAAUUUUUGUAAAUGAUUAUGUCACACCAUUUGCCUCUUUGGGGAACUACAAACCCCAUGUGCUACCUUGGGAAUUUAUUUAAUUGGAUCAUAAUAUUCCUCCGAGUCAUGACCUGUAAAUUUUCAUCGUAUAUGUGUUUGUGUUUUUUACAUUGAAUCUUUUUAAAGCAAAUUUGUUGCCUCAGACAUGACUGAACAGAUUAAAAGCUUAUUGUACUACCCACUCCAAGAUCACUUUUAUUUGUAGCACAUGUUGAUAUGAAGUUGGAUAUAAAGUAUUUCUAAGAUGACUGACCCACCUACGCUCCCUAGAUUUGAGUAAAGAGGAAUGUAGCAAAAAUAAUAAUAAUAAUAAUAAUAAUAAUGUGAAAUAAAUCUCAGCUAAAGUUGU